GUGGGGACAUCAUUGGGGACAGUAAUGACGUCACUGGGGACAUUAAUGACAUCAUUGGGGACACUCAGAAACACCGCCCUGCACAUCUGUGCUCUGUACAACAAGGUGGGGACAGUAAUGACGUCAUUAAUGACGUCAUUGGGGACACUGGGGACACUCAGAAACACCGCCCUGCACAUCUGUGCUCUGUACAACAAGGUGGGGACAGUAAUUAUGUCAUUAAUGACGUCAUUGGGGACACUGGGGACACUCAGAAACACCGCCCUGCACAUCUGUGCCCUGUAUAACAAGGUGGGGACAGUAAUGACGUCAUUAAUGACGUCAUUGGGGACACUGGGGACACUCAGAGACACCGCCCUGCACAUCUGUGCCCUCUACAACAAGGAGAGCUGUGCCCGGAUCCUCCUGUACCGAGGGGCCAACAAGGAGGUGAAAAACAACAGCGGCCAGACCCCCUUCCAGGUGGCGGUGAUCGUGGGGAACUUCUGAGCUGGGGGAGCUCAUCAAGAACCACUGAC